AUGCCUUCUGCAACGUCACCCCGGUGGCAAGAGAAGGCUAGUGGUUUCUUUUCUACCUCGGGGGUGAAGCUUAAAGAAGCUGGACAAUCUGCUGGAACAUUUGUUGAAGAGGUCACUAAGGAUGCAAAAGUUAAUGUAACUGAUAUGGCAGAACGUGUAGGGUCAAUGUUCAAAAGUCGUUGGGCGCUUCUUCAGCAACCAUCGACAAGACAUGCUGUGCAGGAACGCCUUAUAACUGCUGCUGCUACGACCGGGACAUUGUUUAGGAAGGGCUUAUCAGAGACAAAAGACAAGGUUUCUGUUGGGAAGAUAAAAGUUGAAGAGGUGGCAAAGAAGACUGCCCAAAAGAGCAAAACUAUUUUGAGUGACAUUGAAAGAUGGCAGAAGGGUGUUGCAAGCACUGAUGUUUUUGGAGUUCCAAUUGAAGUUACUGUGCAACGGCAGCAAUCUAGCAGGCCCAUUCCUCAUAUUUUGGUCAACUGUGCAGAUUAUCUCAUAUUAUCAGGACUAAACACACCAUACCUAUUUAAAGGGGAGGGAGAUAAAAAGGUCAUUCAACAAUUGGUUUCACUGUACAACCAAGAUUCAAAUGCAUCAUUACCAGAGGGAAUAAAUCCAAUUGACGUAGCAGCUCUAAUCAAAUGUUACCUAGCUACCCUUCCCGAGCCACUAACCACAUUUGAGCUUUAUAAUGAGAUCAAAGGUGCUCGUUCCAGCAUACAUGCGAUGAGAAACAUGCUGAGGAGACUUCCAACUGUAAACUACACGACCCUAGAAUUUAUUACUGCACUACUGCUCCGCGUUAGCCAGAAGUCGGUUCUUAACAAGAUGGACACCCAAAGCCUUGCAAUGGAGAUGGCCCCUGUUCUAAUUUGGCAGAAGGGCAGGACACCAGACCUAUAUAGGAAAUAUUGGACUGAACCAUCAAAAGGUCCUUCCAAGAAGAACUUGGAUCCAGAGCCAACUUAUAGUGCUUGGGACAUGCUUUCUGAUGAAGACGAUGCUGUAGAUGAUUCCAUUCCCUUGGAUGAUGGCGUGCCCAUUGACUUCGGCGCUAUUGAGGUUGUCCAGUGCCUCAUGGGACAUCACAAUGCCAUUUUCACAGAUGCAAACGAAACAAUUUGGAGAUGA